AUGCCUCCCAAGAAAGCUGAUGCGCCUAAGAAGAAGAAGGCCACUGUCGAUGACAAGACCUUUGGCAUGAAAAACAAAAAAGGUGGAAGCGCCAAGAAACAGAUCGCCCAGCUCCAGGCCCAAGCCGCGUCCAGCAAGAACGCCGAUGAAAAACGAAAACAGGCCGAAAAGGACCGGCGCGAGGCCGAGAAGAAGGCUUCCGAGCAGGCGAAGAAGGAGGCCAUGGAGCUUUUCAAGCCCGUCCAGGUGCAGAAGGUCCCCUUCGGCGUUGAUCCCAAGACUGUGCUUUGCCAGUUCUACAAGCAGGGCCACUGUGAGAAGGGGCGCAAGUGCAAGUUCAGCCACGACUUGAACGUUGAGCGCAAGGCGGCGAAGAAGGAUCUCUACACUGACUCCAGAGAGGCGGAGGAGGAAAAGAAGAAGGCUGAUACUAUGGAGCAGUGGGAUGAGGAGAAGCUUCGCUCUGUCGUUCUCAGCAAGCACGGCAACCCGCGGACGACCACUGACAAGGUCUGCAAGUAUUUUAUCGAGGCGGUCGAGAACCAGAAGUACGGAUGGUUCUGGGUGUGUCCGAACGGAGGCGACAAGUGCAUGUACAAGCAUAGUUUGCCGCCUGGAUUCGUUCUCAAGACGAAGGAACAGCGUGCGGCCGAAAAGGCCCUUAUGGACAAGUCGCCGCUCAACACUCUUACCCUGGAGGACUGGCUCGAAAGCGAACGACACAAGCUUACCGGGGAGUUGACACCCGUCACACCCGAGACUUUCGCCAAGUGGAAGAAGGACCGCAUAGACAAGAAGGCCGCAGAGGAACAAGCCCGGAAGGCCAAGGAAGACACUGGACGAUCAUUAUUCGAGAGCGGUAACUGGCGGACAGAAGACAGCGAGGAGGAAUCGGAUGACGAAGACGACGGGACCUGGAACCUUGCUGCGUUACGGCGGGAGACCGAGGACAUCCGCGAGAAGAAGGAAGAGGAGCGUUUGGCGAAGCUGCAUGGCGAGCCAGUGCCAGGGGGUGAGGAGUGA